GAAUUUGGCGUUGCCAGGGCCACGGAGUAGGACACGGACGCCAUGAGAGUCGGACCCGUGCCUGUGGCCUCUGAUGCACUCCAUAAAGUUGUCUCUCCUGAUCCAUUCCUAAACCAUGCUCACUGACCCACAGAAUGUCUUGGUCAUCUGGUGCUGGCAGAACCACACUGUGCUCCGCAGAGAGGAGGCUAAGCGUGACUACAACCUAAAUACUGCAGAUAUUAAUCGAUUUGCAUAAAAAGAGUAAUGCAUAAAAUACACUAUUGUUUAUGAUUCUUUCAACAAUGGAGAAGGAAGGUAUAACUUGUGAUGCUUUGGAAAAGUUUUGCAGGAGCCAUGAACAAACAUAUGAGGAAUUUUUGGAUUCAUUUAUUCACCUUAGCAAAGAGGACACAAAGGAACAAAAUACAAUACCUCUGACCAUUGCGGAGAUAGCAGAAGAUGCUGGAAAAUGCAUAGAUGUGAAGAAAGUUCUGACAAACUCUCCUGAGAAGGGAGGACAGUCACCUAAGGAUGAUAAAGAGACAAGUUAUGAACCGGAGGUAGAGAAAUGUAUUGACAUUGAAGACAUAGACAGUGACAAAGAAAGUGAACAGCAAAGUGGCACAGAAGUGCUCCCAGGUAAAAUCAAAGAGGAGAUUCCUGCAAGUUAUUCUCAUUGUGAAUGCAAAUACACAAUCCUUGACUUCAAAGUGUAUCCAUGUGUUGAAGAGUUUAAUAACAAAGCAAAUGACCAGGUAUUGACAGAUGAAGUCCAGCCAUUCACAUUGGAUGAAGAAUUUGACUAUAACUGUGUCUAUCUUAAACCCAAGUAUAGUGAGGCUGAACUUAAGAAUCUUUCUGCCUUGACACAACAGCGAAAAGAAAGUGGAGAAUAUAAUGCAGCAAAGCUGAGUGGCUCUGACUUAUAACACAAUUGCCACUUUUUGGUGUGGUCUACCAGGCAGCAUUACUUUCUGCUACAAGCACUUUGCCGCAUUUGAAGCAGAAUUUGGGUAGAAGAGCUUUCCAAUCCCAGAAAAAUUUCUACUAAUUAAAAUCAUUUAGUGAAGUGUUCACAGAUUUCAUAUUAUUUUAAUUACAUUUCUUCUUAUUUUGAAUCAUUAAAUUAGACAAAGGUAUAAAAUGAA